CACCGGGCGGGUGAGGGCCAGUGUCAGGAGCCAGCGUUGGCGAACUUCAUUCUCAUGUUGCUUGGUGAGAACCCCCUCAGUGCCAGCACCAGAUAGGGUGGGGGCUCGUGCUCAGUGUCAGUCAGUCUGGUCGGGACGACGCAUUUUCCAGAGUUGCAGUCCUCGGCGUCGUGGUGGCAGCGGCUACUGGGCCGAUGGGGGAGCCGGCCCCUGGAGCCGGAACCUCCGGUCCCCAGAACGAAACUUUGCAGCAUCACGAACCCGCUUCUUAAGAUGCAAACGGGAGGCCCUCAGUGCAAGUUUGCUAGGGAAUAUGGCCUGCGUCUGCUUCUUCUCUGGCGAGGUCGGUCGGAAGGAGCGGCACCUUCUGUGGGGUUUUGCCUCGCGCAUUGCUGCCCGACCUCUGAGGACAAGCUCUGCGACCAGGUCUCCGAUGCCGUGCUGGACUGCUGCCUCACGGGGGAUCCCAAGAGCAAAGUCGCCUGCGAGACCGCCACCAAGGACAACAUGGUCAUGGUUGCGGGCGAGAUCACCACCCAGACGGCGAUCGACUACGAGAAGGUCGUCCGCGGGGUGGUAAAGAAAAUCGGCUUCGACACCUACGUGGAUGACCUGUCCAGCGUGGACAGCAAGGGGCUGAGCGACACCACCUGCGAGGUCCUGGUGCGCAUCAACAAGCAGAGCCCCGACAUCGCUGGCGGCGUGCACGUCGGAAAGGACGACAUGGACGUCGGCGCGGGCGACCAGGGCAUCAUGUUCGGCUACGCCACCGACGAGACGGAGGACUGCAUGCCGCUCACCCACUCGGUCGCGACCAAGCUCGGAAAGAAGCUGACGGACGUGCGCAAGGACGGCUCGCUCUGGUGGCUGCGCCCGGACGGGAAGACGCAGGUCACCAUCGAGUACCUGCAGAAGGCCGACGGCUCCGUGGAGCCCCAGAAGUUCCACACGAUCGUCAUUUCUACCCAGCAUGCUGAGCCCUUGAAGGCCACGCGCACGAAGGAGUGCGCCGGCUACACGGGCGCAGAGAUGACUGCACCCAGCAUGGAGGCCAUGAACAAGGAGAUCGUCGAGAAGGUGAUCAAGAGCACUCUCUCAGAGAUCAAGCUCAAGAACGGAAAGCCGGCGCUUACCCUUUUCGGAGACCAUACCCACUUGCACAUCAACCCGUCUGGGAAGUUCAUCAUUGGGGGCCCCCAGGGCGACGCAGGCCUCACCGGCCGCAAGAUCAUCAUCGACACCUACGGGGGCUGGGGCGCCCACGGCGGUGGCGCCUUCUCCGGCAAGGACCCGACCAAGGUCGACCGCUCGGCCGCGUACAUCUGCCGACAGAUGGCCAAGUCCGUGGUGAAGAGCGGCCUUUGCAAGCGCGCGCUGGUGCAGCUGUCCUACGCCAUCGGCGUCGCGAAGCCGCUGUCGCUGUUCCUCGAGACCUACGGCACCGAGCAGGGCAAGCUGUCGGCCGAGGACAUCACCAACGUGCUCAAGAUCGAGUUCGACUGCCGCCCUGGCGCCAUCGCGGUGACGCUGGCCCUUCGUGAGCCCAAGUACCAGGAGACGGCGGCCUACUGUCACUUCGGCCGCGAGCCCUACACCAAGGACGGCAAGAAGUUCUUCGAGUGGGAGAACGCCAAGGACGUCAAGAAGUACGCCUCGAUGGAUUCGGCGCAGGUCUCUGCGGCUCUGAAGGCGAGCAACUACCUGACGAAGUGGGUGGACUGAGCGGUUUCUCACGCCCAAGGUUUCGUGACUUCACAAGUUGAUGCGCUGCAGCUCAGGUGAUUUUGGCGCAUAGUUUUGCCAUUUCGGCACCACUCCCAGAUCCGCGAGCACUUCAUCUCGGUGAGGAGCUAGUGCGUUGGGGUGGUUGGCCUGUACGUCUCUCGAAAAAGCUUGUGAGCCAAUACCAUCUUUAGGCACUGGUAGGGCCCCAGUCCCCCUCGGGGGGCUCCCGAAGCCCCA